AUGGAGAAGUCCAAGAUCAAGUCCAUCUUGCCCAAGCCGUCGCCACUGCAUCCCCAGCAGACGCCCUCGCCAAAAUUGUCUGGCUCCGCAACUCCACUUUCUGGAAAAAGACGGUCUGUGGCCUCAGGACUAGCAGACUCUAAGAAGCGAAGAUCUCUUCCUACCAACAUCAGCUCGAACAUGAGCUCAGUUCCAGCCAUAUCGAAGCAAACCGGCCACAGACCUGUGACUUCGUGCACCUUCUGUCGCCAGCACAAGAUCAAAUGUAAUGCUCUGGAAAACUACCCCAAUCCAUGUCAACGCUGUGAAAGAAUGGGUCUUAAGUGCGAAAUCGACCCUCAGUUCAGACCCAAGAAAGGAUCCCAGAUCCAAUCGCUCAAAAGCGAUGUAGACGAACUCCGGGCCAAGAUCGAAAUCCUCACAAAGAAUGAAUCGCUUUUGACCCAGGCACUAAAUCAACAUAACAUCUUGCAACAGCAGCAACAACAGCAGCAGCAGCAGCUGUAUACACCUAGGGCACAGUCAACCCAUUCUACAAACUCGCCUGUAAACUUCCAGUCGCCGCAGCUCUAUCCUGCUGGAACUUACCAAUCCUCCCCGAACUCUAUAUCGUUACCAUCGGGCCACCUCAAUGACUCUGUAAAUAGCAGCACCAACCCUAACCAACUCGCCCAUGUAAUUCAGGAAGGCUCCGAUACUUCGCCGUCUACAAACAACACGCCUAACUCUCAACAUUUGAAUAGAGAAGAAGUGCAAUAUGUCUCAGAGUUCAUACUUGGAGAAGUACAUCUUCCUCUAGACAAGGCGAACGACUUGCACCAUAUCUUCAUGACAAAGCAUCUUCCUUUCUUGCCCAUUAUCACCUCUCGAUCGGCGACAGAAUUGUACCAUAAAUCGCAACUCCUUUUCUGGACAGUAAUACUAACUGCAUCUCUCUCGGAACCUGAUCCAACGUUGUACAUGUCGUUAGCUUCGUUGAUCAAGCAGUUGGCUAUUGAAACCUGCUGGAUCAGAACACCCAGAUCGACCCAUGUGAUUCAGGCUCUCAUCAUCCUCUCCAUCUGGCCCUUGCCCAACGAAAAGGUGUUGGAUGACUGCUCGUAUCGUUUUAUUGGUCUUGCUAAAAAUUUAUCGCUUCAGUUAGGUUUACACAGAGGUGGUGAGUUCAUUCAAGAAUUUAGUAGAACCCAAGUAAGUCUUGGCCCCGAUGCGGAACGUUGGAGAACCAGAUCAUGGAUUGCCGUUUUCUUCUGUGAGCAGUUCUGGUCCUCGGUCUUAGGUUUACCUCCUUCCAUCAACACCACGGACUAUUUACUAGAAAAUGCCAGGGUGGACCAGACAUUGCCCAAAGACUUUAGGUGCUUGAUUUCGUUGUCAAUUUUCCAGUGUAAACUCGUAAAUGUCAUGGGUAUUUCUGUAACAAGACCCGAUGGUUUAUUGGAGCCUCUGAACAGAGCUGGCUCGCUAAACAUCUUGGAUCGUGAGUUGGAAAGAUUGAAGUUCAAAUUGAACAUUGUAGAUGGAUCUGCAAUUGAAAUCUACUAUCUCUAUGUGAAGUUGAUGAUCUGCUGCUUUGCCUUUUUGCCAGGCACGCCAAUCGAAGACCAGGUUAAAUACGUCAGCUCAGCUUACUUAUCAGCUACCAGGGUUGUCACGGUGUCUUCGCAAAUGUUGAAGGACAAUAUUCUGUUGAUAGAAUUGCCCAUAUAUGUCAGGCAGGCGAUGACGUACUCAGUGUUGCUUCUUUUCAAGUUGCACUUGUCGCGUUACUUAAUUGACAAGUAUGUGGACAGCUCCAGGCAGCUGAUAGUCACGGUACACAGAUUGUUAAGAAACACUUUGUCGUCAUGGAAAGACUUGAAAAACGAUAUAUCCAGAACAGCAAAGGUAUUGGAAAACUUGAACAUCGUUCUCUAUACCUACCCUGACAUCUUGUUGAACGAUAAUUUAGAAGCUGGUGGUAGUAUUAUCAACAGGAUGAGAUCACACCUAACUGCAUCCUUGUUCUACGACUUGGUGUGGUGUGUCCACGAAGGUAGAAGAAGAACUAUGAUUGACAAGUCGAAAAAGUCAGAGUCUUUGGAAGACACGAAAAUUCCACCCAACUCCACUACAUCUACUUCUGUCAGUAAAAGACCCGCACCUUUGCCGUUCUAUAACCAGAUCACCAAGGACGACUUCAAAACCAUCACCACCACUACACCCAACGGGACUACCAUUACUACUUUGGUUCCUACUGAUCAAGCUAUGAACCAGGCUAGAAACGCAUCUGGAAACAAACCUUUGGAAAUCAAUGGUAUACCUUUGGCUAUGUUAGAAGCCACAGGUAGUAUCAAGGAUACUAUCCGAGAGCUGCAGACUCCAGCUCCAGAGGUAGACAAUCCAACCACAAAUGCUCCUAUACUUCCAUCUACAGCGCUUCAGCACCAGUCGUUUGCUAUGCUUGGACACCAACCUGUAGAUACUACGCCUAACCAACCGAUGUUCAUAAAUAGUGACUCGAUGCAAAUCCAGCAACCCAGCUUGGUGGAUCCAGCAAGCGCACAAGCUACACCUAUCCAGUAUAUUGGUGCUCCCAUCAAUGGAGUCGCUGAUCAGAUGGAUAACUUCUUCCAGCAGCAGUCUAACGGUUGGUUGAAUAACGAUAACUACCAAGAUGAUGAUUUCCUCGGUUGGUUCGACGUGAACAUGCGUUCCGAUCAAUAAACCAAUUGUCCCUAAAAUAAUGAAAUGACUUGUUCCUAUUAUGUCCCUCUAUUCUCUGUCUACUCUCUGAGUUUAAUAAUCUUAUUAUUAUGUAUAUAUUUUCCAUCUAUAUUCAUUAUUUGUUGAUUGAAUUUGUUAUGAUUGCUAAAAGAGUACUAUAUACUAUUAACUGCUUGUUAAUAUAAAUUUUCAAA